AAUUUUUUUAGUAUUGUUUUCAAAAUUGGGAAUUUCACCGGUCCUCUGGUCGGUUCUUUAUCUCCAUCUCUGUCUGUGUCUCUUUUGUGUUCCGUCUAGUCCGAUCGAAUUCGAAAAAAACCAGUUUAGUUCUUCCUUAAAGAUUGCUGGUGAAACCUUGAGGUGAAGAAACAUAUCGAAGUUAACAUUUUGCUUACAAGUUCUUGAGUUGAAGAAACGUUAUUAGAGUUAACAAUUCAAGAAAGAAGAGAAAAAAAAAUGGGUUGUGUUUCUUCUUGCUUUCGAGUGGAAGACUAUGAGGACUACACGAACCCAAGUAAUUCUAUAAUUAGAAACUGCCCUUGUCCGAGAUGUUUUGUUAACAGCCUACUUAACCUGUAUAUCACUUUGUUCAGAAGAAACGAAACCCGCUCUCUCCCAUCCACCUUACAAGCCACUACUGUAUCCAUAACAUCCUCUUCUUCAUACGAUAACUUUAUGUCUAACACAUUCCACUCUACUCCAAGGCCUCUGCCUUACGAUGCUGAUCCAGGCUUCUUCCGGUCACGGCGACGCGAUAAGGGCUCAAGUCAUUCACAUGAGGAAGCUGAGCCCUUGAGAAGUGAUGAUGAUGUUCAUUUCUCAGUAGAAGGAAGCAAAUGGGCUAGUAAUAAGCUUAUGGUCUCUGGUGAAGAUUCCAAAGAUGACUUCUCUAAAUCCACUAGGAGGAUUCUCAAGUCAAAGACAAUGGAUGCUGGUGGUAAUGAUGGUUUGUAUGUAAUGUCUGAUGAUGAAGAUGUUUGUCCAACGUGUCUUGAAGAGUACACAUCAGAGAACCCCAAGAUUGUUACAAAGUGUUGUCACCAUUUCCAUCUUGGUUGCAUUUAUGAAUGGAUGGAGAGAAGCGAGAACUGCCCUGUUUGUGGAAAGGUGAUGGAGUUCAACGAAACACCGUGACUGAUUAUCAUUGAUCUUGUUGUCUAAACUGGAAAGAGGGAGAGCAACAAGACAACAUAGAGAUGUGUAACUUGCUUUGGUCUGUAAAUUAGUGUUUAUUAACAACAUUUUGUAUAUAUAUAUUGACGAAAAAAUGAAGACAUGUAAACUCUGUAGAGUUAGAUUAUUGAGUUCUGAACGUUCACAACAACUAAAGACUGUUACUCACAAAUAUGCCUCUGGUGCAUUGUUGUGUCUAAGAAAGCAUUAAACUUCUUACCACAUCUUAUAUGAGCCCUUCCUUCAUUAAUGGUGUGAUGUUUAUAAUGUGGCCUAGAGGUUUACAUUCA